UGGUUUCCAUGGCCUGCAGUUCGUCCUCGUCCUGUCAACGGAGCAAACAUGCUACAAAUAAAAAAACGCCUGAGAUACAGCACGCCGGGUAUCGCCGUGUCCCGGCUGUUUUCCUCCGGUGCCUCCAGGAACCCGGUCGUGUUUUUGGACGUCGACGCAGACGAAGAACCGCUGGGAAGAAUAAUCAUUGAGCUGAACGCUGAUGCUGUGCCAAAGACUGCAGAAAACUUUCGAGCGCUGUGCACAGGAGAACUCGGUUUCGGAUAUAAAGGGUGUGUGUUUCACAGGAUCGUGCCAGAGUUCAUGUGCCAGGGAGGAGAUUUCACCAACCACAACGGCACAGGAGGGAAAUCUAUUUAUGGCAAGACGUUUCAAGAUGAAAACUUCAAAUUAAAACACACAGCUCCAGGAAUACUUUCAAUGGCAAACUCGGGGCCAAACACAAACGGCUCGCAGUUCUUCAUCUGUGUGACUAAAACUGAAUGGCUCGAUGGUAAACACGUUGUGUUCGGGCAGGUGAAGGACGGUAUGGAUGUGGUCACCAAGAUGGAAUCCUUUGGGUUACAUGACGGGGGAGUGAUCAAGAAAAUACUCAUCACUGAUUGUGGGGAGAUCAAAUAACCCUCACAAGACUUCCCAUGGAAAGCUUGAAGGUAGGUAUUGAAGGUGUAAAUAGUAUGUGCUUGUAUGAUUAAUAGAAAAAGACAAGGAGUCAAGACAUUGAUACUUUUUCUUCUUUUUUAACUGAAGCUGAUUUAACAAAUUAUAAUUGUGUUAACCUUAUCUUCAAAUGAAAGUACUUUAAAAGUAUUUUGGUGUAUAAAAUGUUAAAUGGGAAGGAACAUUCUUAUUAAAAAAACACUUUUUUAUAACAAUACUCGUAGGUUUAUGAACUGAGGGACUGUUUCUGUAGCUGAGAAAGUUCAAGGUUUCUUGAGUUGGAUGUACGGCUGCUGAACAGUCUGUCUUUUUUUGUUUGUUUUUGUUUCUUAAGACAACAUUAGACUAUGGUGUGGCAUUGUCUUGCUGAAAUAAGCAUGACCUUUUCCUGAUGGCUUCACAGAUGUGCAAGUCACCCAUGUCAUAUAAAUUAACACGCCCCUGCACUAUUGUGGAUACUGUCCCUCGAAGCUGCUUUAAUAAUAUGCUUCAGUCUGCCUUGACUGGUUCAAGACAACAAGAAACCUUAGCAUUUCUGAAACAUACAGCAUUGCACAUUUUGCAUAUUUAUUUGCACUGUAUUAUCUGCCUUCACAAUUUCAAUUUUUACUUAGAUUAUCAGCAAUGAACUUUAUUGACAGUGUUUUACCCAUGCAAUGAUAUCUAUAAAAAGAAAAACAUCCGUAUUUAGUUCCACCAUAGACCUCAAGAUUAAAGCCCUUCUGUUGGUUUUCAAUGUUUCAGAGAUAUAUUCAGAUUCUUUAUGCCCAAAAUUCUUUCUGUGGCAUUUAAGAAAACCAUAUUAUUGAGUUUUAUAAUGGCAUUGCUCUAGUUGCCGCCUGUUGCUGCACUUCUAAUCUAACCGUCUUCCUUUUUAUCCUCUUGAGUUUUUCUACUGAAUUAAUUUUUGUUACAACACUGAAUAUUUAAACAUAUUUCUACACUGGUUUGGAUGCUGUUUUGCAAUGGAGGAAGUUUAAACCAUUUCUUCCCAUUAAUCAUCACAAACAAACUGGAUCAGCUUUAAGCAAAGAUGAGGAACAGUGAGAGCAUCAGGAAUGAGGUAUUAGUGUUUCACUGAGUUUUAUUUGGUCUCCAAGCCAGUUUUCAAUCUACAUGUGCAGAAAGAGACUGCAGGCAAAGUGGCAAGAGUAAAGAAGAAGGGAUAGCAGCUUAACCACAGAUGAUGUCAUCUUGAACAAAAACCAUCUGUACACCAAGGACAUUAAAAUCUUGGCUCUGACUUUACAUAUAUGUUGUUUACUGAGCAAGUUCAUGCAUGAAUUAAAAUUUUUCGUGUGACAUCACCAGCUCUGUUGUUGCCAAACUACAAACGCAUCAGGCUGAUGAGGUCCUUCUCUGAAAAAUCUCAAGCUUUUAAACUUUUUUUGUUAUUAAAAACAAUUAUUUAUUUUGUUGGGUGGCGAAUAAAGUAUUACUAAAUUCAA